GUCAGUAACUGCUUUCCGGGCCAGACAGCUGAGUUGUGUUUUCUCGCUGACUCUGCUGUUUUGGUUCUGCAGUUUCAUCAUUCAGGGUGACUGCAGGUUGACUGAUGUCCAGUUUCUCAUCAAAGACCAAAAUACAGUCUGUGUGUGUUUGUGUGUUGCUGCCACGGAGCAGUGUGAACUUGCUCUAACUUGGUGUCAAAAUGGUGCCUGUUCAUGCUGCUUGUGCCUUGUUAAGCCUUGCACCCCUGUUGGUGCUUGGUGUUCCUCCCAUUUGGACCCAGCCAGAGCAGGUGCAUCUCUCCUAUACAGGAGUGCCAGGUUCCAUGGUAGUAACCUGGACCACCUUCAAUAAGACAGAGAGCAAGGUGGAGUAUGGCCUUCUGGGGGGUCGGCUCUUUGAGAUGACCACCAGAGGUAACGCUACUCUGUUCGUGGACUCAGGAGAGGAGAAGAGGAAGAUGUACAUCCACAGAGUCACUCUCAUAGAACUCAAGCCUGCUGCUGCUUAUGUUUACCACUGUGGCAGCGAUGUGGGCUGGAGUGAUGUGUUCUCCUUCAUUGCUCUGAACGACAGCACCAGUUUCAAUCCAAGGUUUGCUCUGUAUGGUGACCUGGGCAAUGAAAACCCUCAGUCUCUGGCUCGAUUACAAAAAGAUACACAGCUUGGCAUGUACGACGUUAUCCUGCACAUAGGGGACUUUGCCUACGACAUGCAUGAGGACAAUGCCAGGAUUGGGGAUGAGUUCAUGAGGCAGAUCCAGUCCAUAGCAGCCUACGUGCCCUACAUGACCUGUCCAGGCAACCACGAAGCUACAUACAACUUCUCCAACUACAGGAAUCGCUUCAGUAUGCCAGGCCAGACUGAGAGCCUGUGGUACAGCUGGAACCUGGGGUCAGCGCACAUCAUCUCCCUCUCCACUGAGGUUUAUUUCUAUCUCGACUACGGCCUGGAGCUCCUCUUCAAGCAGUAUGAGUGGCUGAAGAAAGACCUGGAGGAGGCCAACAAGCCAGAGAACAGAGCAGUGCGUCCAUGGAUUAUCACCAUGGGACACAGACCCAUGUACUGCUCCGAUGAUGACCAGGAUGACUGUACCGGGUUUGACUCCUAUGUACGACGGGGACGGAAUGACACCAAACCACCAGCUCCUGGUCUAGAGGAUCUAUUUUACAGCUAUGGAGUGGAUCUGGAGCUAUGGGCACAUGAGCACACAUAUGAGAGGCUUUGGCCUGUCUAUGGUGACAAGGUGUACAAUGGGAGCAAAGAGCAGCCUUACGUGAACCCCAGAGCUCCUGUUCACAUUAUCACAGGCUCUGCUGGCUGCAGAGAGAGGACUGACAGGUUCAAUCCAAACCCCAAAGAGUGGAGCGCUUUCCGCAGCACAGACUACGGCUACACUCGCAUGCAAGUGGUCAACACUACCCAUGUUUACUUGGAGCAGGUCUCUGAUGAUCAGUAUGGUAAGGUGAUUGACAGCAUAUGGGUUGUGAAGGAAAAGCAUGGCUUCUCUGCCUGAUUCUGAGGACCGUCAUCCUUCAAAUAAAUCUACUCAGGAAAUGCACUUUAAACCUAAAACAAGCACCUCUUUCUGCUGCGCCACACUAAUUAUGCAGUGAUGAUAAAAAUUAUAUUUCCCCCCUGACUAUUGAUAAAUCCACUUAUUUCAGAGAUGUUCCAGAAUGUUUUAUCCAAUCAGAGGACCAUUACUGUAUAUUCUGAUCAUCUAUUGUGAAUGUAUAUAAUGAAAGUGUAGUUUGCCAUUUACUAAACAGUGUUUUGUAAACAAGGCAUCAAGAGCUGUUUUACAUUUGAAUAAA